AUGUGUCAGUUGUCACUCGGUCUUCCGAACCAUGGCCAACCUGCCCCCUAUAGACUAACCCAAAGCCAAAGCGAGAGCCAUGGGCAAUAUUUCAACGAUCAUGGCGGUGUUGGCACAAAAAAUAAUAGCAACAUCGACAGCCAUUACAAUUACCAACUUCCCAACAAACAUACUUAUAACAAAUGUCCCUUCGCUACCAAUGAUAUGUAUAGAUCAAACAUCCUCAUGAAUCAUCAGCCGCCAAACCUACCUCUGCCAAAUUUCGCUGAAGCGAAACCAAAUAAUCACUUCCAAACUAACCUCAGAAACGCAUCUCGCUAUAACUGUAACAGCGGCGUUAACCGUAAUUCUCCCUACGGCCAACGUAUUAACGGCGAUAACGAUAAUAAUAAUCGCUACUACCAAAAUCGUCACCAACAAUUAUCGUCGUCCAAUCCCAAGACGAGGAUGGAGGCCAGGAAACAGCAGAUCCGACAAAUAUCCAGGUACGCCCGGAGAGGCAAUGCGCUACCCAACUCGAAAAGCGCCUUAUCUGUUGUCGAUUGCGAUUCCCUCACCAACAAUUUAUUGAGCCUAGAUCUGAACAGUCGCACCAACAACCGUUACUAUCUCGACCACCAUCAAUUCGAAACCGAAAGCCUCGUGACUAACAGCACCAACUUUCGGCACUCAUCAUCCUCUUCCCCUUCUAAUGGCGGCUCCUAUUUUGCAGCCGCUAAUCGUAAUGUUGUUCCAAAAACACGCCAGCCUUACAUCCCCAUUCCUCAGCACCCCAAUAAUAUCCAUCAUCGGCACCCAAAUGACGUUGAUAACUACAAUUUUCGCAAAUCUGGCCAUCAUUGCCAACCCGAACUAAUGUACGACAACGAUAUUCGAGAGACAAUAAAUAAUCGCACUAGAGAUUUCGGCACAUUAGGAGCCCACUACAAAGAAGAAGGUUAUCGCGAUGGCAAUAUUAAGGAAGAAGAAUACAUUCGACAGGAUGAGAAGGAGGGGCUAAAUAUCACCUACCUGGAAUAUCAGCCAGACCGUUUUAACCGGCAUAACACUGCCGAAUUUUCUCGCGAUGGGUAUGAUUACAAUUCCUACAAUGGAGAUAAGAGGGGUCAGCCAAAUAAUCCACUCCCUUACGUAAUACCUUAUUCAAGUAUAUCUGGGACUGGUGGCGGUUCCUCCGCCACUGUAUUAAGUAAUUCCGUUGCCUUUGAUACAGCGACGGGUGAAAAUGUCCCGUCUUCUCGUGACAGAUACAAUUACCAUUCCUACAAUGGCGAUAAGAGGAGCCAGCCGAUUAAUUCACCUCCGUUCACUGUACCUUAUCCAAGUAUUUCCGGGCCUCUUGGCACUUCUACCGUUACCUUAUUCGGUAACUGCAAUACCCAUGAUACAGUAACAGACGAAAAUGUCGCCUCUUCUUGCGAGAGAUACAAUGUCAACUCUUACGAGAACAAUAAAAAAAGCAAACCUAAUAAUCAUCCUCCUUGCGUGAUACCUCAUCUUGGUAUUUACGGACCACAUGGCGGUUCCUUUGCCACAGUAUUAAGUAAUUCCGCUACCUAUGAUACCCACACGAGCGAAAAUUUGAUUUUGGCUCGCACUGUAAACGAUGGCAACGAAUAUCGAGACCUUAGGUCUACUAGCGGCGAUUUCUUGACCCGCAGAAGUCAAGACAAUCUUCAGAGGUUGGAGGCGAGCUAUGUGAUCGAUGCGCACCGAAGCUCUGAUGGCAUUCUUGCGACUCCUCGCGAUUAUUAUACCCCUUCUUCGACUAGAUUGGGACAUGAUCCAUCUAACCACGGGACUGUCAAUGUCUUGAUGGGCAAAAUAAGCAAGCUCGAUAUCGAUGAUCAAAAGACUCCGAGACCCGCGAAAGUCUCUCUUUUCCCACCCGGUGCCAAUUUUAACAAAUCGCCUUCGCUCCCUCCUUCCCCCCUCCCCCAUUCUUCUUCUUCCUCUUCCCACCAAUCACACCACAAUUCGGAUGUCAAGAAGAGUAUGGGAUUCGUCGUUCCGCUGGACCAACAUCCCUUUAAAAACGAGAGCACUUCCUGUUCAGUGAUCGAUACUGAACUAGGGAUAUCCCGAGACGAGGAUUUAGAUGAAUCGAUCAUUAAACGUAAAGAAAUCAUAAUUUCGAACGUGGUUAAAAGGAGGGCCGAGAUGGAAGCAUCCAAGGCGAAGAAUAAUGCCAAAGCCGUUCAAGCAAGAGAGAAAAUGAUGGCCAAACAGAUCGAGCUUGAAAAGAAAAGGGAAGAAGUGAAAGAGCGAAAACAAGCUAUACUCAUAAACUACCUAGAGGGGAAGCGGGCACGAAAUAAUACCGACGUUCCCCCGCACCUUUCCAAGACCGUAUUGCCAUUUAACCAACCUUCCCCAACCCACUCCACGUCGGAUUCCAAACUCGUGUCUUCCCUGACCUCAUACGGGAACGAAGAAUAUCGCUUGGCUUUCAAGCCCCAGCUACCGCCACCGCAAAAUCAGGCCAAAAAUUCAAUCAAGACGACCUCACCACAACUUGCUAGCGGUAGUCAUUUCAAUAAAGACGCCAAGGACAAGCGGAUUUUGGGAAAUUCCGCAUCUUUCAAAGGUUUCAAAUCAGGCCAUCGCAAGUGGCUGCCUCAAGAACCUACGGCGGAACUCACGAGGGACGCGGAGGAUAUAAAUAGUGGAAAGGGAUUAAUCUGUCGGAAAGAGAUUGUUUUGGUUAAAAGAAGUUUUAACAGGCGACCUCUAUCAGCUGCUAAGUCUCAAUACUCUCUUAGGGAUAUUCAAGAGGAACAGGGAAAUGAAUUUGAAACAGGGAUUAAUCUUGAAUCCCUUCAAGAAAAUCCAUUCUCUCACACCCAUAUAUGCCCGAGGUACCAGGAGAGUUUUAAAAAUUCUAACGUCUCCCUAUCCACUACCGCCUCCCAGAAGUCUACCACCAAAAUAUUCUCGAAUAAUAAUAAUAUCAACCAUAACCGCAUUAAAAACGGCGGCUUAAAAAUGUCUAAAAGUAUCAACGGUAAAAAUACGAGUCACACUUGUUCCUCUACUAGCGUUUCUAGUUCUACCAGCGCAAUAGCCCAAAGUGCCACCAACGGUUCUUCCAGGAUAAAUGCCAAACCUUCCGAGAGAUCUAACAGGAAUCUCAUAAUUCAAGCUCUCAGUUAUUCGGUUCUAGCUGGCCCAGUUAAUACUGACGUUAAAACAAGGGCUAUAGAGGCCAUGAACCGAUCACUGGAACACAAGCAAUUCAUAAUUUUGUUUCGCGAUCGUCAAAUGCAAUACCGGGCUCUUUAUCAACGGACCAAUCAGCCCGACGGGUUAGAACUCUACAAGAUCCACGGCUUGGGGCCUAAGCUUAUCGUGGCCGAUCAAGAUGGAAUUAUACAAUAUUUUUAUAAAUAUAACUGUGGGAGCAAAUCCUUCAUGCAAAUCCCAUCCAAGCAACUUUCUGCUACUAUUGACGGGAUAGUACUCAAAGAAUUCUAUUGGAUUAACUUAAAAUUGUCUAAAAAAUGAAGGGAAAACUUGCUGAAAACUAAAAUAUUAAAUUUCUGUGAUAAUUUCAAAGCGUUUAUAAUUUUAAU